GACAUCUGGGAAACGGGGCGGUGCGCGCGCAGCGGGCCGGCAGUGGCGGCGGCGAUGGAGGAGGGUGGCCGGGAGAAGGCACCGCUGCAGCCCCAGCAGCCCCCAGCGACGUCCCCCGGCGGCGGGGAUGAGAAGCCGAGCGUCAAAGAGCGGCGGGAUGCCGGAGACAAGGACAAAGAGCAGGAGCUGUCUGAGGAGGACAAACAACUUCAGGAUGAACUGGAGAUGCUCGUGGAACGACUGGGGGAGAAGGACACGUCCCUGUACCGACCAGCCCUGGAGGAACUGCGGAGGCAGAUUCGUUCUUCUACAACUUCCAUGACUUCAGUGCCCAAGCCUCUCAAAUUUCUGCGUCCACACUAUGGCAAACUGAAGGAGAUCUAUGAGAACAUGACCCCUGGGGAGAAUAAGCGUUUUGCCGCUGACAUCAUCUCUGUUUUGGCCAUGACCAUGAGCGGGGAGCGUGAGUGCCUCAAAUAUCGUCUAGUGGGCUCCCAGGAGGAAUUGGCAUCAUGGGGUCAUGAGUACGUCAGGCAUCUGGCAGGAGAGGUGGCUAAGGAGUGGCAGGAGCUGGAUGAUGCAGAGAAGACGCAGCGGGAGCCACUGCUGACCCUGGUGAAGGAGAUUGUCCCCUACAACAUGGCCCACAAUGCAGAGCAUGAGGCCUGCGACCUGCUUAUGGAAAUUGAGCAGGUGGAUAUGCUGGAGAAAGACAUUGAUGAGAAUGCAUAUGCAAAGGUCUGCCUCUAUCUCACCAGUUGUGUGAAUUACGUGCCCGAGCCUGAGAACUCCGCCCUACUGCGUUGUGCCCUCGGUGUGUUCCGAAAGUUCAGUCGCUUCCCUGAAGCACUGAGAUUGGCAUUGAUGCUCAAUGACAUGGAGCUGGUAGAAGAUAUUUUCACCUCCUGCAAGGACGUGGUUGUACAGAAGCAAAUGGCAUUUAUGCUGGGCCGACAUGGGGUGUUUUUGGAGCUGAGUGAAGAUGUGGAGGAGUAUGAGGACCUGACAGAGAUCAUGUCCAAUGUGCAGCUCAACAGCAACUUCUUGGCUUUAGCUCGGGAGCUGGACAUCAUGGAGCCCAAGGUGCCUGAUGACAUCUAUAAAACCCACCUAGAGAACAACAGGUUUGGGGGCAGUGGCUCUCAGGUGGACUCUGCCCGCAUGAACCUGGCCUCCUCUUUUGUGAACGGCUUUGUGAAUGCAGCCUUUGGCCAGGACAAGCUGCUGACUGAUGAUGGCAACAAAUGGCUUUACAAGAACAAGGAUCAUGGAAUGUUGAGUGCAGCUGCAUCCCUUGGCAUGAUUCUGCUGUGGGAUGUGGAUGGUGGCCUUACCCAGAUUGACAAGUACCUGUACUCUUCUGAGGACUAUAUCAAGUCAGGAGCCCUCCUGGCAUGUGGUAUCGUGAACUCUGGUGUCCGAAAUGAGUGUGACCCUGCUCUGGCACUCCUCUCAGACUAUGUCCUCCACAACAGUAACACAAUGAGACUUGGUUCCAUCUUUGGGUAAGGCUUCUUGCUUCUCCUUUUGGUA